UCCACAUCCACAUGUACGGGUUCUCUUAGGGCUUGUGCACGGGUUGAACUUCCUUUCACUCCGACAUCUUAACGGUGGGACAUCAUGCCUCCUAAAGACGCCAAGGGGAAGGGGAAGGAUUCCGGGAAGUCCAAAAAGGACAAGGAUCCAGCCAACAAAUCCGGAGGCAAAGCCAAGAAGAAGAAGUGGUCCAAGGGAAAGGUGAGGGAUAAGCUCAACAACCUGGUCCUCUUCGACAAGGCCACCUAUGAAAAGUUGAACAAGGAAGUGCCCAACUACAAGCUCAUCACACCAGCAGUUGUGUCCGAGAGGCUAAAGAUCAGAGGGUCUCUGGCCAGGGCUGCCCUCCAGGAACUGCUCAGCAAAGGCAUGAUCAAGUUGGUGUCAAAACACAGAUCGCAGGUGAUCUACACACGUAACACCAAGGGUCCUGAGGAGGAGGGUGGUGUUGUGGUUCCAGACAAGCCAGAGAAGCCUGAGAAGGCAGCUAAGGCAGCGAAGGGAGAGAAGGGAGAAAAGGAAGAGAAAGCAUAAACUGGUUGGGAUUCCUGUGUUCAGAUGUGAUGUAAGGGGCUUGAGCCGGGGGUGGGUGAGACGCAGGGUAGCUUACUGAUGGAUGCUGCCGCUUGUCGUUGCACAGCACUACCUUGAGCGGUGAUGGGGGAAAAUAACAGUCCGCGGGACACUGACAGAUGCUCAACCUCUUCUGCCACCAUCGGGUCCUCUGGCAUCACGCCUAUGAGAGCACAAUAACUUUUGUUUCCUUAAUUUUUCUCCCAUUACGUAUGGAUUUAAAUGGUUAACUAUGCAACAGCGGUUAAAUGUCACAUUAAUAUUCACAUGUAAUUUUGUCUUAGCAACUCUAAAUGAUCUUUCAUUGAGUUUUAUUCUCUAUCUGUUCAUUUUGCAAACUAUAAACCAUCCAAUCAGAUGGCA